AGAGAGAGAGACCUAGAGAGAGAGAGAGAGAGAGAGAGUGUGUGUGUCUUGGAGAGCGGUGCCCAGCGGAGGAAUAUUCCAGCCGUGUGUGUGUGCGCGUGUGUUUUUUUAUUUACUCCGGCAGCCGCUUGUUGUUCCGUCUUCUCUUCGCUGUUGUGCUGAACUUGGUCGGUCACGUGCGAACAUCUGUCCGCGAGUUGUUGUUCGACAGGACGGCGGCUCCUCACCUGCAGCGUUUGGGGACAAAAAGCACAACCUGCCAUCUUUUUCCGCGCGAGCUGACGUCGCUGGACUUCAUCCUUUCCCGUGACGGACAACAACAUCAACUUCUCUCCCUUAGGGAUGAAAUAUGCACAUGCACGUUCUGCGCCCGUAGAAGAAAGCAGACGACACGCACUGUAAAGUCCAAAGUGGCCCUACAAGCAGCGAGGCAAUUACUCUUGCAGCAGCCAGGCAGUGGCCUGAAAUCUCCAAAGAGCCAGGACAAGCAGCGUCCACUGCAGGUUCCCGUGUCGGUGGCCAUGAUGAGUCCCCAGGUGAUCACGCCGCAACAGAUGCAGCAGAUCCUCCAGCAGCAGGUGCUUUCUCCACAGCAGCUCCAGGCCCUGCUCCAGCAGCAGCAGGCAGUUAUGCUACAGCAGCAACACCUGCAGGAGUUUUAUAAGAAGCAACAGGAGCAGCUUCAUCUGCAGCUUCUGCAGCAGCAGCAUCCUGGCAAACAGGUGAAAGAGCAACAGCAGCAGCAGCAGCAGCAGCAGCAGCUGGCCGCCCAGCAGCUCGUCUUCCAGCAGCAGCUCCUGCAGAUGCAGCAGCUCCAGCAGCAGCAGCACCUGCUCAACAUGCAGCGGCAGGGCCUGCUCACGCUGCCGGGGCCCGCUCCCGGCCAGGCCGCCCUGCCCGGCCAGACCCUGCCCCCGUCAGGCUUGAGUCCUGCAGAGCUCCAGCAAUUGUGGAAAGACGUAACCGGAGGAGGCGGAGGCGGCGGAGGAGGCGGAGGCCACGCCAUGGAGGACAACGGCAUUAAACACAGCAACAGUGGCAACGGUGCUGGCGGCGGAGGUGGUGGUGGUGGUGGCGGAGGUGGCGGCGGCCUGGACCUCUCCACCAACAACUCUUCUUCAACUACCUCGUCCUCCAAUCCCGCAAAAGCGUCGCCUCCCAUCUCACACCACUCCAUCGCCAACGGACAGUCACCCGCCAUCAACCACAGACGAGAGAGGGAGCGGGAACGGGAACGGGAAAGGGAGCGAGAGAGUUCACUACAUGAAGAAAGUGGAGGCACCCAUCCGCUGUACGGUCACGGCGUGUGCAAGUGGCCCGGCUGUGAGAACAUCUGCGAGGAAUUUGGACAGUUUUUGAAGCAUCUAAACAAUGAACACGCCCUCGACGAUCGGAGCACAGCUCAGUGUCGAGUCCAGAUGCAAGUCGUCCAGCAGCUAGAAAUCCAACUUUCUAAAGAACGUGAGCGUCUUCAGGCGAUGAUGACCCACUUGCACAUGCGGCCCUCGGAACCUAAGUCAUCUCCCAAACCACUCAACUUGGUGUCCAGCGUCACCAUGUCCAAGAACUUGCCCUCGGUAUCGCCGCCGAACUUACCUCAGACGCCCACCACGCCCACGGCACCCAUCACGCCCAUGGCCGCCAUGCCCCAGGUGCCGUCGAUACUGGGAGGAGCCAACGUCCCCAGCAUGGGCGCCAUGCGCAGACGCCACUCGGACAAAUACUCCAUGCCCCUGUCUUCAGGUGGUGACACAGUAUUUAUUUUUCCAGAGAUCGCCCCAAACUACGAGUUUUAUAAGAACGCAGAUGUCAGGCCGCCAUUUACUUAUGCAACCCUCAUAAGACAGGCUAUCAUGGACUCUGCCGACAUGCAGUUAACGCUUAAUGAAAUCUACAGCUGGUUCACGCGCACGUUCGCCUACUUCAGACGCAACGCCGCAACUUGGAAGAACGCCGUGCGCCACAACCUCAGCCUGCACAAGUGCUUUGUGCGCGUGGAGAACGUGAAGGGGGCGGUGUGGACGGUGGACGAGGUGGAGUACCAGAAACGCAGGUCGCAGAAGAUCACAGGGAGCCCAUCACUUGUCAAGAACUUGCCCUCCAGUCUUGGCUAUGGAAGUGCACUAAACGCCAGCUUACAGGCUGCCCUGGCCGAGACCUCCCUGCCUCUGCUCGGGACCCCCGGCCUUAUGACCAGCGGCUCCACGGGCCCGAUGGGUGGCAGCUGCCACAGCCUCCUCGGCGGAGACCCGUCCGGGCUGACAGGCGGGAGUCCACACGGGCUGUUAGGUGGCAGCCCCCCAGGCAUGCUGGGCGGCAGCCCCCCAGGCAUGCUGGGCGGCAGCCCCCCGACCCUGCUGCAGUCGGCCCACGAGGAGCUCAACGGCUCGCUUGACCACCUGGACACCAACGGACACGGCAGCCCCGGGUACUCCCCACCAGUUCACAUGUGUUUCCCAGUUACUUUAAAUUUUUCACAUGAAAAGCUUAAGUGGCCGCCCAUCCACGUGAAGGAGGAGCCGCUCAACAUGGACGACGACGACUGCCCGAUGUCGCUGGUGACGACGGCCAAUCACAGUCCGGAGCUGGAGGAGGACCGGGAGCUGGAGGAGGGGAACUUAUCGGAGGACCUGGAGUGACUAGGGCGCGGCUUUUGGCCGACGUGUCCCUCCGCCCGGGCCGCACUGUUCCUCCCACGCAGACCUCCCCCCAGACUAGAAACCACUCCACAGCCCAAGCAGACACAGCCGACUCUCUCUCUCUUGUCUCUAUCACCACUGGGACUAUUUAUUGAGCAUGCAUCCGGAUGGAGAGCGGCCCGAAGGAACUCUUUGCUGCAGACCUUUGGGAUCCCCCAACACGACAGGCAUGAGUUGCCCGGUUUAAAAAAAACAAAACAAAAAAACUAACUCUCCGAGAUUUCUUUAGAGAUGGCGUGGCCACGUACAGUACAAGGAGGAUGGACUCACGGAUGUGGGGGGGGGGGGGGGGGGACAAAUCGAGCCGAGUCAUGUUCCGUUGAAAGCUAGCGGCCUCAUAUACUGCCAAAAAGGAAGACGUUUUAUGUUUGUGAAUUACCCGACCCCACAGUAGUUGUUGACGUCUAGAGACAAUUGCUGGUUCAAUUCAAAGUUGUUGCUCUGUUCUCAUUUGCACAGGAGUAGUCUCAGAAAUUCUUUUCACUGCCUGUAUGUUGCUACAAUAAUAAAAAUAACCAGUAUAUUGUUUUCAGCUUUUUUUUUUUUCUUUUUAAAUCAUCGUUUAAUUUUCCAAAUAUGAUUCUUUCUUUUUUUUUUUUACACCACCAACUGUAAAUGCCAUUUCCCUGAAUAACACCAGAACUGCGGUACCCAGACUGUUGUUGCAGCUGUCCAAAAAAACUAAACAAAAAAAAAAAAACGAUAAAAAAAAAAAAAAUAGUCGGCUUCCACAGUCUAUUAUCUGUUUGUGAUUAAAAGUUUGGGGGGGGGGAAAGAAUAAUAAUAAUUGUUUGUGAAAAAGCACCAUUUACAAAACAAAUGCAUCUCUGCCUAAUUUCCUUUCUCGCUGUUUCCUCUUUAUACCUCCUCGUUCUGAAAGCUUUGUCUACCUGCAAACAGUCACAGGCAACAGCUAGAAACCAAAGCCAACAAUGGCCAAUAGCUUAUAAGACAGACAGCCGACCAAAACUCCUCUCGGUCUCCUUCUGCCACUUUAAACUCGUACAAAGAGAAGCUUUCGUUCCGCAAAACUACCUUCGAAGUAACCUCUGGGAUCGUUUCCUUUUCGCCCCCAAUACAAAGAUGAUCGCUGGGAGAGAGAGAGAGAUGCGGGCGGGGCGGGAGGGGACGGGGGGGGGGGCAUAAAUGCUGAUUUUGUAAAUUGACAACUCGUCCACCUUGGGGAUCUUCUGCCAGAAAUACUGUCGGUUAGAAAGAGGCGAUGUGGUAUUUGACUGGUGGAGAGCAGCUAACUGUAAAAGUGGAUCAUGACCAAAACAAAAGGAAAAAAAAAAACAUUUGUGUAUUCAAUGGAAGUGCAGAAACAUUGUGUUGUUGUGAUGUUUAUUUUGUACGUUUUGUUAAGCUUUACGCAUCAAACUUCACUCCUUUUUUUUUUAUUUGUUUUGUUUAUUUGGGGGUUUCUUUCUUUUCUUUUCUUUUCUUUCUUUGUUUUCUAACCUGGUGAAUAUGUAACGUUCUGAGUGGGACUGUCCAAACUAAUGUCACGUCUUAUUUCCGUCAGGGCGGUUCUUUUGCUCCGAGCCGCGUCGAUAAAAAACCGAAACUGAAAAACACCACGAACCAAACGUUUGAAACACAAAAAAAUCUAGUGAAGCCAAAUAAUUUUCAAGUGGAUAUGAGAUGACGUGGCUUGGUUACCGUGUGCGAGCAAAUAAUAAUAGCCAUUGCAGGAGAGGAUACCUAAGGUGAAAGAGAGGUAACCUUUUCUAGGUGAUAUUCGCUUUAACUCCAUCCAGCAUCGAACACUCAUCGUGUGGCUCGUGGCUUCUUAACCGUACGGGUGCAACCGUUUUUGGCACGGGCGCACUCCGGAUCGGUGGCUCAGCUUUUUCUAAAACCGCACACCGGUGAUUCUUGACACUAAAGAGAAGUCCCCGUCGUCUCCUGUCGCAGCCAAAAGUCAUCUAGAAAAGUGUUGUUGCUUUAAUGGUCAUUUCUGUUUUCAGUAAACCAAAGUUACACAAAAUUCUGCCUCCUCUUGUACGGGAUAAACAAAUCACGACCUGUUGAAGACACACAGACACUCACACACACACACACACGUAUUCACAGAUCCCCCCCCCCCCCCCCCUCCGAGAUUUUGGUCUUGCAGAUCUUCUUGUUUCGGUUUAAUCUCCAGCUGCAGAGAAAAUGUACGCUGUCAAAGAACCGACGAGUGUCUUUGCAUCGCACUGUAACGAGCGACGCGUCCGCCUGCUUUGACCAAAAUGGAAACACACUGUGCAUACGUUGUCUUCAAGCCGAGGAAUUGGCUGCGAGAGCUUAAACACACGCAGACACGUGCAGUACUGUACACACACAGUCACACACACCAGUUCCACGUCAAGAGGGUGCUGGGCCACAGGAACAAAGCUUACCCCUUCAAUACUGAGCUGGAGUCAGCAAAAAAAAACCGACUUGAAGACGACGUUCUUAAUAAUCUCAUCACACCAAAUAAAAGGGACGCCGCGUCUUUCAAAAUAAAAAAAGGAAAGGAAAGAAAAAGGGUUCUCCCACUUACCCAAAAAGGCUUUCUGAAAGCUUCUACCUCUGCACAACAACAACAACAACACAAAUUCAGAACAAUUACGACAGAUUGCACGAGUUAUUAGAGCGCCACGCGAGCCGCUAACACUUUACCGCGCUUGUCUCAUAGGACGUGGCUCCAACCAACGUUUACAUUCCCUAUACGUCGAGAAACGGAAGAUUUGCAUCGUAAUAGGUUGUCCUCAAAACAUUUGUAGAAUGAUAAUGUAUAGAUUAACCUGUAAGGGAAUAUUGUGUUUUUAAAAAAUGCAUGUCUAAAAAAAAAAUCAUUUGGUGGACUGGAAACAAGAACUAAACUGAAAAAGAGUAUAAUACAAAUCAUCGGGACGAUGGCCUAAAUGUACGUACAUUACCUCAGAUAUACUGUUUUGGGAAGGAUUGAAAACCUGUCAGCCACAGAAUGCAUAUUACCUGUAGAUUUGCAUGGGUUUUGUAUAAAUUAAGUAAAAAAAAACAGUCUAAAAUAGUUGCUUGCACAUAAUACCAGAAAGACCUCCAGAACUGCGAUCUGCUCCUCCACUAGAUUUUAGGAUUGUCUGGAUUUUCUGGGUUGAUUUUGUCUGUAUUUUGAUAACUGUGCAUACUUAUGUAAAAAAGAAAAAAAAUUGUUGGUGGACCCAUACAUUUACCAGACUUUUUUCUAAGAGGAAAAAAAAAAAUCUCAGUGUUUCUUUUCUGACUUACCUGAAUUUUUACUGUUUUCUCUCUCAUUGCUCGCUAAGAAUAGCAAAACCUGCUUUUUCUGCAUCUGCUUUGCGUAGCUGUAAGGCUUAACCUAAUGUGUGUAUUUAUUGCUUGUACCUCUGUGCAUACUUUAUGAAGCAUUAUGUCUGGCAGUUGAGUCAUGUAUCCUUUCUACUGCUAUCCUUCUCUAAUAAUUGGGAAUGUGAUCCCCGUAUGUAUACAGUAAAUUGGGACUGUAGCAAACAUAUGUUUAUGUAAUUGGUGAAAACUUUUGUUUUGUUUGUUUUCGUUUUAAUUUCCUGACGAACGAGAUUCAACAACAUUUUUUUUUUUUUUGUUUAUACUUUUCAUUACUGUGUACUGUGUCCAUACGUUAACAAGGUUCUCUGACAUUAGAAGGUCAUGGUUGAGAAUUGUAACAGACGUUAUUAUUUUCUGUAUUCAUGGCAUUUCACUGCUGAAUAAAAUAAAGGACCAAAACUUGGAA